AUGCCCGAACUCAAAACACUUCUUUUUCCAAGAUGGCGUCGAUGAAGGACACCGACACUGGUCUGUGGCUUUACAACAAACUAGGAUCUACGGACGAGCUGUGGACGCCUCCGAGCAUCGCUUCGCUCCUCACGGUGUCAGUAAUUGACAACAUUCGCCUAUGCUUCUCCAGUUUAUCGCCGCCAGUGAAGCUCAAACUGCUCCUCGGGAUGCUGCAUCUUCCCAGGCGGACCGUUGACGAGAUGAAAGAGGCACUGUCAGAAAUCAUCCAGCUGGCUACAGUGGAUUCAGAGCCCUGGGUGUUGAUGGUUGCAGACAUCCUAAAGUCCUUCCCAGAGACAGGUUCUCUCAAUCUGGAUUUGGAGGAGCAGAAUCCCAAUGUGCAAGACAUUCUGGGAGAGCUCAGGGAAAAAGUGAGUGAGUGUGAGACAUCCACCAUGCUUCCGCUGGAGUGCCAGUACCUAAAUAAAAGUGCUCUCACCACUUUGGUUGGACCAUUAACGCCCCCGGUCAAACAUUUCCAGCUAAAGAGGAAGCCCAAGAGUGCAACGCUAAGAGCCGAGCUGCUGCAGAAAUCUACGGAAACGGCUCAACAAUUGAAGAAAACAGCCGGAGUGCCUUUUCAUGCCAAAGGGAGAGGUCUGGUCAAAAAGAUUGACACAACAACACCUCUCAGAGGGAUCCCCAAAGCUCCAUUUCGGAGUCCCACAGCACCCAGCAUGUUCAGCCCUCCAAGUAAUCGCACUCCUCUCCCCCCUGCACGCACACCUCUGCGCAAAGAGAGGGGUGUCAAGCUGUUAGAUUUUUCAGAGCUAGACAUGGUUGGUGCCGGGCGAGAAGCUAAGAGGAGAAGAAAGACACUGGAAACCGAGGCUGGAGAGAAGGCAGCCAAAGAUGAAGCUGUGGUGGAGAACACCACACCCGACUAUGCCGCCGGCUUGGUGUCUGCUCAGAAACUCGGGGCGCUAAAUGAGAAUCCGUUGCCCUCUACAAGUUACCUGCCAGCCACACCCAGCAUGGUUCCUUCCUCCUCUUACAUUCCCAGCUCAGAGGCACAGCCAGCCAAUGCUGGUGGAUCGGGCCGUGAUACGUUGCAGUCGUCUCGCCAACCAGAGGAGUCAGCGACCGCUAGUGCCACAGCCACAAUACCUAGCCAGUACAAGCAGAGAACGACAAUGUACAAUGCAAGCACCACAGCUAAUCCCGCGGCCCCCACGUCCCCCAACACGCCUGCAUCCACACCCGCCAGCAACGGACCUCCAGCGGCGGCGACUGCGAGCCAGCCGGAGACGUCCACGCAGCCACCCAGCACACCUCAGACUCAGACCCCUACACCUGCCCCAACACCACAGCAGCCCCAGCCCAAGAAGAACCUCUCUCUUACGCGAGAACAGAUGUACGCUGCCCAGGAGAUGUUCAAGACGGCCAACAAGGUCACCAGACCCGAGAAGGCUCUCAUCCUGGGAUUCAUGGCCGGAUCCAGAGAGAACCCGUGUCCGGAGCAAGGGGACAUCAUCCAGAUCAAACUGAGCGAGCACACAGAAGUCCUGCCCAAAGCAGACGGCACCGGCAGUACCACCAUGUUGGUAGACACUGUCUUCGAGAUGAACUACUCCACGGGCCAGUGGACCCGGCUCAAAAAGUACAAACCCAUCACCAACACUUCCUGAGGAGCCACAGGAGGAACUCCCCGGUCACCUGACAUUCAUGGUCUCUAAUAUUAUGUUUACAUUUCAACAUACAGUCAGGCCUAACCUGGCCCAUGGGGGGAGAGAGGAGAGAAAGGUCCUCCCUUUUUCUGCUCCGCCAAACCACAAGACUGCUGAGCAUUUUGAUAGUUGCCCUGUGUCAUGUCUACUCUUUUGCAAAAGCCUGGCUCGCGCCUUGCACAGGGCCGGUAGCAGAACGGUUGCUCUCAUCAGGCACCUUUCAGCAGCCGUACCAACGUUUGUACUCUACAGUAUGAAUGUGACGUUUAAUCUUCCGCCUUUCAAAACGGACUUGAUGGGACGAAGUUGUUCCAGUGGUUCUGAAACUGACCAAAAGAGGGCAGUGUUGAGUUGUUAAAGCUGUCCGGUUAUGUCUGGAGUUGUUCAUUUCUUUUUUUUAUUUCUAGAGAAGAAAUUAAAAUGACAAGACUCCACAAGGUGUCUGGGUUUUUUUUUGUUUUGUUUUCCAACUAUGGAAGUGUUCUUUCCACAGUGACGACAUUUCGUCCUGAUGAUGGAGCAAAUCCAAAUUAGGUCACAGUGAUUGUAAUGAACCCAUGUAAAAAAAUGUAAAGGGGCCUGGGUUAGUUCUGUUGGACAGAGAUGUGAACACCUUUUGUUUUUCCACUGUGGCUCACUUUUGCUCCGUUUUGAAGUUCCACAACUGUUUAAGUUUGAUUUUUGUUCUGAUCAAAAACCUUUUCUUAAAAUUGCUUGAUGUGACCUCCAGUUCAAAGUUCAAGCAUUCACUUAUACAUUGGUGAAUAAAUCAGUGCUCCA